AAAGUUCGACCGGAAAGCAUGGCCGCCAACUGAACGAUAGUAACCUUGUGUAGUGUAGUAACGAAGUGUAAUAUAAUUAUCCAAACGAAAGUGGGGUGCCCUGACAUAGCGUAAUAUUUAUCACUGACAUGUCUGUUGACAUGGGGGGCAUGCUAUUUAAAGGUUGGCAUUUCAGGAUGGCUGCUGUGAAAGCGACUGUAUGUGGAUGUUGUCAGGUGUAAUUUUGUAGAAGUUUACCGACGUUUCUGAAGUUCUGUCCCCAGACAACAUUGCACAUUGGUAAACUUUUACCAGACUACAGAAUGCAACAUCGCAGAAGACAAAUCAUGUUACUUAAGGUUCCUGCAUUAUAUGGAACACAAUUCCCAACUACACUUCUGGAAUAAAGAUUUGAUCUGUGGCCGAGUUUAAGAUGGAGUUCACAGCGGAGAAUCUCGAGCGUGCAGUGGUACAGUUCUACCACACCGAUGCUGCAAUGCAGGCACAUGCUCAUCACUGGCUUACAACUGCUCAGGCCUCUCCAGAGGCAUGGAGUUUUGUCUGGCAUUUGCUGCAACCAAACAAGUCUGCAGAAGUUCAGUUUUUUGCAGCAACAACUCUGCACACAAAGUUGAUAAAGUCAUGGCACCAGGUUCCCCCUGAGCAGUACGCAUCCCUAAAGAAGCAGCUGUUAGAAGCUGUCGCAAGUUAUUGCCUCGGUCCCAAGAUUGUUCUUAACCGGCUCUGUAUCGCUUUGUCGGCAUAUGUUCUUCAUACACUUCCUCUCCAUUGGCCAAAUGCUGUACCUGAGUUGUUGGCAACUUUCCAGCCAUCCAACUUACCUGCCAUCCCCCCUGAAAGAACUGCGUGGAUUCUUCUUGAAAUACUUACAGUUCUUCCUGAAGAGUUUCAGACUUCACAUUUUGCAGUGAAUGAGAAAGGUCCUGUAAGAAUUGAACUUCAGAAAAGCAUCCCUCAGGUUUUGUCCCUGUUGGAGAACAUCCUUGCAACUGAUACAUCAACAUCUAAUAAUGAAACAGCAGUUGAAGUGACACACCAGGCAGUAUGUUGUGCGGGUUCAUGGCUUCAGCUGGGAGUGCCACUUCCAGACUGUGAGAAGCUGGCAAAUCAUCUUGUAGCAUCUAUUUUUGCCAGUACAUCAUCUCCACAACUCCACCAAACAGGGUUGGCUGAGUCAGCAUUGGAUGCCCUUAGCAAUAUGCUAACACAUCCUGAUUCACACAAAUAUCCUUCCACGUGUAUUCGGUUCCUGGAGAAGUUGCUGCCUCUCAAACAGAUUAUAGAAGCACAGCAGCAACAGCGAGAUGGUGCUGAAAGAGAUCAGGAGUUGGUGUCCAACAUCUAUGGCUUAUUUAUUUCAUUUGCAGAGAGUCACUCCCGACUCAUGUUGGAUUCGCUGUUAAAUGAUGAUUAUAAGAUUAAUGUCCUGCAGUUGGUACAACUGAUAUUUCAGUGCAGCAAUAGUCCUGGCAUAUAUCCUAUACAGGAGAACACGAGCCAAUCGGCUCUAGGCUUCUGGUACAUUUUGCAGGAUGACAUCAUUGCUUCAGAACCAGAGCAGUUCAACUUGUAUGUGGUGGUGCUAUCCCCAGUGUAUAGAGCUCUGGCUGAGGUGAUGAUACAUAAGUCUAUGCUGCCUGCUGCAGAAGAUACAUGGAGCAAUGAGGAGAAGGAGUUGCUACGAUGUUACCGGCAAGACAUAGCGGACACCAUGAUGUAUUGCUAUAAUAUUUUACGUGAGAACUUACUGGAAUUACUACAUGGUAAAUUAGAAGAGGCACUGGAAAAGUGUAACAGUGAUCCACGAAUGUGGUGGAGAUACUUGGAGUCAUGUCUGCAUGCAUUCCAAGCAGUUGCGGAAUGUGUUGACAUUGACGAAUCAAGACAUUUACCAAGAUUUCUAGAAACACUGCAGUGUCUGCCAUAUCACCAGCUUGACACUCAAGUAAUUAUCACUGCUUUGGAAGCUGUUGGGGCUUAUGCUGAGUGGAUCAAUGCACAUCCAUCUGUGUUGAGCCAUGUUAUACCUCUGUUGAUAACUGGACUGGGUAGUGGCGAUCUUGCUCCAGCAGCUACAAUGGCUCUGAAGGAUCUCACUCGGGACUGUCAGACCAGUAUGGCUCCAUUUGCACAUCACAUUCUACAAGCUAGCCAGGAAGCCCUCCGUGGUGAAGAACUGAAGUUGGGUGAGUGCGUAAGACUGAUGUACACAGUUGGUCGAGUCCUUGCCGUGCUUCCUGUGGAUAGCAUCAUGGACUAUUUGAACCAGCUGCUUAUGCCAUACGUGGAAGAGUUGCAAUAUCUAGUCACACACGAGCCUAAUGCAGCGGCAAAGGCAGGCAUCCUUUUAAGAUUGAAGAUGCUGGGUAUGUUAUUUGCAACGCUAGACAUCAAACCGCGGUCUGAAAAUGAUACAGAACCCGAUGUGUCAGAAGGUUCAGAUAUGGGAACUAGCAUCACAACACAGCAAAGGACUCAGCAGCAGUCAACUGGAUCAGGAAGCGGUGAACAGGUUCAGCCUGUAUUUUUUGUCCUACAAAGAAUCUUGCCUGUUACGCUGGCCAUUGUCGAGAAGUGGUAUGCCGACGCCCAUGUCAUCCAGGUAGUAUGCUCAGCUCUAAGGCACGCACUGGCAACAUUGUUAGAUGACUGCAAACCUCUUGUGCCAGAAAUGUUGGAACUGCUAGUGAAGAGUUACCGGCUUCAGCUACAUCCACCUGCCUUGGAUCUUGCUAAACAGUUUCUUAUAUUGUAUGGCAAGGAUGGGUCGCAGUUGCCUCUGAUGAAAUCUCUGCUCAAGGAGGUGUGUUCAGUAACCUUGAUGACCUGUAGUGGUAACUCCAACACUCCUGGAAGCAGUUUAUCUGAUCAUGCUGACAUUUUGGCAACUUUUUUUUGUCUGCUUGCACAAAUCCUUAAGAAGAACCCACAACUUUUUGUUGAUAGUGAAGAAAUUGAUCUAGCUGCUCUUUUCCAGUGUGGAACUUUGACGCUUUCUUUACCAGAGGCAUCUGCUGUGAAUGCUGCUACAUCCUUUCUGGUAAACUUUGUUUCACUGAGCAGAGAAGUAGUUCAGCUGUUAACAGUUGUGCAGACCUGUGGAGAAGAAUUAGUGCAGAGACUUCUUCGAUGUAUUGGUGGAGAAUCACCAAGAUUAGUCAUGGAACAUUUGUCAGACCUUUUACUGGCCUUGAACAAGAAACACUGUGACAACCUUUGUCGCUGGCUACAGCAAGCCAUCCAUCAAGAUGGUUUCCCUUCUGUGAGAGUUUCUCAAGAGCAAAAGGAGCAUUUCGUUAAGAUGGUGCUAAAGGAACGUGCCAACAAACGCAAGUUACAGGAGACUGUGCGAGAGUUCUCAUUGAUUUGUCGUGGUCUGGUUGGAACAGACUAUGCUGCCCAGUCCUCACAUUUCUUUUAAUCAUCGGAGUCUAUUUGUUGCUUUAUAUAGGUGAUGGUAAGUGACAGACAUCUGUGAUAUGGCCGAUUCUAGAUAUAAAUAUUAUAUUUCAUCCUGUUACCAUAUUUAUCUACGUACCAUAUAACCCAAAAUAGGCAUACAUCCCAAUUUUUCGUAGUGUUUUUAAGACAAAAUAUUUUAUUAAUGAAACUACUGCUAAAUAUUAAAAAUUAAUACGUUGUGUGGCUUAUCCCAUACUAGAAAUCUUUACAAUUAUGUGUGAUUGCUGGUAAAACCACAAUAGCAUGAACAAUUUUUAGAAAGUGCAGUAAUGUACUUAGUAUAACUGAUAUCAUUCCUGUUGAUAUCAUUGCUGUCUGGAUUAUCUUGACAUUAUCAGUGCCACUUAAUGUAGUUCCACUGCGAUUAAAAUGCAGACUUUCUUUUCUACACGUUAGGAAGCCUUUGUGUAAUACUUGUUUUGUAGGAUUUGAGGUUUUCAUGAUGGUGAGUCUGAAGUUGGCUGUCUUCUGGCUUGUUGCGCCGUGUGGUCAUCGCCCUGAUGAUGGAGGUAGCAAGGACCACUGAAACGUCGGUAAACUUCAACUAAACUGUGCAAUGCAAGAAUCCAGAAGUCAGCCAUCUUCUCAUACUUGUUUGUCAUUUUUAAGAAAAAUCCUUCCAUUUAAGAAAUUUCUGUAAUCAACCUUGACUUUCAUUAAAGUGCUGCUUUACAGUGUCAUGAUU